AUGGCUAAUUCGUCUUUAUUACAGUACAAGAAGAACUUAUGGAUGACAGUUGGAGCAAUGUGCGCGUCACUGUCAACAAGUGCAAUUAUCAUAUUCUUCUACAACACAUACUGGCAUCAGAUGAGCAAGGUCACAACCGCUGUGGUGCGAAUUGUGGACACUGUAGCGUUUCUAUCGCUUCCAUUCUUGCUCGGUGCUCGACUGAUGAUCGCAGUAAAUAUCAUGACUUACCUGGAGCCUUCGCUUCACGCAGCUUCACGUCUUGUCUCCACAAAUGCUUUCAUGAACGAGCUUGUCUGCUCGAUCAUUCCCAGAGAAUCGUUGCCGCUCUGCAGUGCCGUCAUCGAACGUUCGAUCUUUCCAAUUCUCGUGCUCAAAUAUCUACUGAUUCUGUGUAUCCUGACUGCUGCAUAUAUUAUGCUUGCCUAUCUGAUCGAGUACUGUAUCCGCCACUGGUUCCCUCCAUCCGAAAGUGAUGAUGUCGUAGAUGGCGAUCGCAUUUUUGUCGAAUCUGCUUAGAC